UUAUGAUGAUUUGAAUGAUUUUUCAAAAUGUAUUUGGUGUAAUGAAGAAUGUUGUUCUCAAAGAAUAUUGGCUUAUUAUGAUAAAAAUUCUGGUCCAUUUGAAUAUUUAAUUCAACAACAAGAUAAAAAAGUUCAAAAUAAAACAGGAAAAAAUCAAUAUAAAGAUAAUAUAUUAAAGGCUGCAGAUGAAUGUAUAGAAGAUAUUCUUGUAAAUAAUUUAUCAAAAGAAGAAGCAACUAUUAAGUUUGUGAAGAAUAAUCCUCAAUAG